CAACUGCAGACUGUGACACGAUUACUCAAGCAGGAAAGCGUUAAUCAAAGUCGAGGGAGUUUCAUCUCACUAUAACUUGACGGUGUAUGCAUAGAAACUUGAGGAAUAUAUUCGAUGAGAUGUAAAGCGCGAGUGCUAUUCGAAAGAUUAAUUUUUCAUCCGGAUUUCAGCGAAGCAGAGUGCACACAUUGAAGAAGAGAAUGUCCUUAAGAUGAAUCUGGUCUAGAGACAGCUACAUCGAGACCCCUCCCUUCCCUUCUUUUUCAUUUGGUGUCGUAUCCCAGCGAUGAAUACAUUUGCACCGGAAAAGCGAGUGAUUUACUGAUUUAUGCCAUUCAGGUAGGGAAGUAGUGGGAUUUGUUUCACUGCGACGCGACAGGUCGGAUGGUUGAGUGAAAGGCCUUGAAGUGAAAUUACAUGGAAUGAAGGAUUCGAGCACAUCAGGAUCGGAGAGCGGGAGCCAUCAAAAAUGAAGAUAUGUCUCUGGAUGCUCAUCGUCUUUCAUCUGCGGAAGAUGAAUAACGCUUCAAGUACGCUAAGGUGUGGGUUGCUCGGAAGUGUGCCGAAGGACCCACCGAAGCAUUCACUUUUAUUUCGCGGUAUAUACGCAAAAUAACCACCACCCUGGCUGCUUCUCCCAAAGAUGCUCAAACAACACCUCUAUAAAAGAAGAGUCUCAUCAUGAUAUGGAAAUCAAAUCAGCCUGUGCCCUCACACAAGAAGAGUAACAUGAAGUGGACAAUAAUCGUACUGUCAUUGGUAGCGACGAGUUGGGCGAGUUUAGAGCCAGUGAGCUACAAGCCACCGCUCGCAUCAGUAACCGCUGACCAAUAUCUACCCCCAAGUUACCGCGUUGCAUUACCACGGGGAGCCCUAACACUGGAAUCCCAUUAUCUUCCAUCGAAUCACCAAAGCUUACCUCAAAAUGUAAUACCAAAUUCUCUGUACUCACCGAGCGCCCGUCCACCGAGCAGUCUCCACAAUUCUGUUUCUCCCUCAUCGCCUUCACAACUCAGUGAACGAUACAUACCCUCCGUUUCCUCUUCCUCGGCCCCUGAAGCCCAUCAAGUCCCAACUCACCAUCAUGCAUCAGCUAUCAUUCAAGAUAGCCGUAUCGGUCAUCAUGUAUCAGCUAACCCAGCUUCCCCAUCCACUCUACUUCAACAUACUGCCAAUCGGAAUAUCGUUUCCUCUAAAUAUCUACCCCCGAGCCAACUCGAUGAGACAUUUACGCAAUCCAUCCCUUCCUCCACCUAUCUGCCAGCUAAUCAGAAUCAAUACGUUGAAAUUCAGCCCUCAACAUCGAUCGUAUCCCCUAAUACCUAUCUGACACCGAACAAGUUCUCAACUGUAUCGCCUCGAGGAUUCGCAGAAGGACAUCUCGCUCGUCACGAUAGCCACUUAAACUCGGGGGGACUCAGUCAACCAGCGGGACACUACUAUCCCGAUAGUAAUUACGACAUUCCCGGACGUAAUGGGGGAUACAUGUACGACCAAAGGAUAAUCUGUGGACACCGCUUGUACGUACUUGCAACCGUUGACCAAUACUCCUUGAAAUUGCACAUGUCAGCUUUACUUACAACUGCAUUUGUAUUCCAAUGUCUUAUUAGUAAUUUAUUGAGAGUAUGAAAUUGAACGACGGAGAUUUGAUUAAAUAAUAAAGGAAUUAUUCUUUUCGUUACCAAUGACAUUUAACCGCGGAAAGAGAAAUUAUAACUUGGAGUAAAUAUUUUAUUUUGGAAUCGAUGCCACUUCAUUUAAUUUUCUUUUGCUUCACAUCAAUCGCUAUGCAUUUGGCGUAUCAAAUUUGCCGUUCCAUAAUGAAUAUUUGUCUACCUCAACUCACACAAUGAAGAAUUUCACUUAAUGUGAAUAAGAAAUUUCAUUUAACGUGAAUAAGAAAUUUCAUUUAACGUGAAUCAGAGAUUAAUCUGAAAUUAUUUCUGAAGUUGACCCAGUUCA